CCCUGCCCUCGCGGCAGCUCCCUUUCCCCGCACCACACUCCACCACCCUCCACCACCCGCCAGCCCCAUUCCACCGCUUCCGCCCUCCUCUCCACCAUCCUCCCCUCCACUCCACCACACUUCACUACAGACUGACAGACGGACAGACAGACAGACUGACUGAGACCGACUGAUGGACACAGACAGACAGACUCAUCGGAGGCAGUGGCCUGAGGGAGAAGGUGAGAGAGAGAGUGAGGGUGGGGGAGAGCGUGAGAGUGCAACACAAGCAGUAACGGAACGGGCGAGUGCAGUGCAUACCCUUCCGGAAUCCGACUAUGCGCCUCCCCAGCCUUGCCCUCGCCAUUUCCCUGGAUGAGGAGGAGGUACCAGCGGAGGUUUCCCCCCCUACGACGGAGCACAAGGUAAGGACAGGAGGCAUCACUCGGCGCACACGGUGCUGUCUUCCGCCUUCCACCACUGCCUGCCGUGCGGCAGCAUUCUGGGGAGCCGCAGUUAGGGGGAUGCUGCCAGGAGGGCCGGGAGCCAGCAACGGGCGGAAAACACUACCCAAUGGCCAGCAGGUGCUGCCUUUAACCUUCCACCGUUGCCUGCCACGUUGGCGGCAGCACUCAGGGGAGAUGCUGUGAGGGAGAUGCAGCCAGGAGGGCUGCACUCGAGGGAGCCGCCCCUUCUACCAGCAGGACUCGGGGGAGCUGCUGUGAGGGAGAUGCAGCCAGGAGGGCUGCACUCGAGGGAACCGCCACUUCUACCAGCAGGACUCGGGGGAGCUGCUGUGAGGGAGAUGCAGCCAGGAGGGCUGCACUCGAGGGAACCGCCACUUCUACCAGCAGGACUCGGGGGAGCUGCUGUGAGGGAGAUGCAGCAAGGGCGGCUGCUGCUGCCAGGAGGAUGGUGCCAGGAGGGUGCUGCCAGGAGGGUGCUGCCAGGAGGGUGCUGCCGGAGUGUGCUGCCAGGAGGGCUGCAGUUGAGGUUGCUGCCCCUGUUGAAGCUGCAGUUUGGGAGAAGCAGCAAGGACGGCUGCUGCCAGGAGGGCCGGGAGACAGCAAUGGCCCCACCCAAUGGCCAGCAGGUGCUGCCUUUCAGCUUCUAUCACUGCCUGCCACAUUGGCAGCAGCACUUGGGUCGGGGGAGCUCCUGCAAUGAGGGCUGUUGUCUGCAUCAGGGAGGGCUGCUGCAUGCAGGACAGCAGCACUCGAGGGAGCUGCAGUUAGGGAGAUGCAGCAAGGAGGGCAGCACUCGAGAGAGCCGCAGCAAGGAGGGCAGCACUCGAUUCCACCGCCUUCUACCCUCGCGCCCUCCACCUGUCUUCCAGCCACUCUGAUGCUGGCUUCCAUCGCUGCCUGCCGUGUUUGUUGGCAGCAGCACUCGAGGGAACCACUGCCGUCUCCCAUGGCGCCCUGUCGUUGUGGCAGCAGAGCAGCACCCGAGGGAGGUGCAGCAGCAGCAGGAGGCUGCAGCAGGAGGCAGCAGCGGAAAGACACC